GCAUCAACGCCUGAUGAUGCCAAUAUCAAUUUUAAAUCCAUUGUCUAAUCUUUUGAUUCAACUUCCCACUCGUCCCCCUCGAUCAGCCGCCACUCGCCAAUCAUGGGCCGUCCGUUGGCCGGGCAUUUGUCACAUUCUCUAUGAACUUAAUCAUUUGUUUCAUGGAUUUGAUCCACCUUCACCAGACCCCUCACUAGGUUUCGCCCUACUACAACGGUUGACCCCCAGCCCUCACACAACAACUGAUCAAAUUCUUCUUUUACCCUUGUUCCCAAAGGGGUUUUUAACAAUAUAUAGUUUAUACUAUAGAAACUUUAGGAUCUGUCCCAGGCAAUUUUUGGUGCUCAUUGGGUUUUAAAAUAUUGUAAUAAAAUAUUUCUGUUUAAACGU